UUUUUCCCUAACGUAUCUCGCGAGGAUUCACGAGAGUUUGGCUGAAGGCUGCAAGAAGAAAAUGGCGGCCAUUCUGGUGGUGAGAAGUGCCGGUUUGGCAGGCCACCAGCUGAGCCCUAUAGCAGGGGUUGCAGUCCUGCAAAGCCGAGGUGUCCACAACAAUGUGAUCCCGACCGGCGCCCACACCCCCCGGGGCAGGGGAGGGCGGUCGUCCUUCAGCGGUAUCUGUGCUACCGUGUUUGGUGGAACCGGAUUCCUGGGGCGAUACGUCAUCAACAAACUUGGUCGUGAUGGUAGCCAGAUCGUGGUGCCACACAGAUGUGACUGGUACAACACUCUGUACCACAGAUGUGACUGGUACAACACUCUGUACCACAGAUGUGACUGGUACAACACUCUGUACCACAGAUGUGACUGGUACAACACUCUGUACCACAGGUUAACAUGUAGAUGGCUUGUUCCUACAGGCCGUGAUGGUAGCCAGAUCGUGGUGCCACACAGAUGUGACUGGUACAACACCCUGUACCUCAGACCCAUGGGGGAUCUGGGGCAGAUCGUCUUCUCCGAGCUUGACGAGAGAGACCCAGAGUCGUACAGGAAGAUGCUGAAGCACUCCAAUGUGGUCAUCAACAUGAUCGGCAGGGACUGGGAGACAAGAAACUUCAAGUUCGAGGAAGUAAACAUCGACCUUGCCCGUACGAUUGCCCAACUCUGUAAGGAGGAGGGUGUGGAGAGACUGAUCCACGUGUCAUCGCUCAACGCUGAUCCCAACAGCCCCUCAAAACUGUACAGAACUAAGUUUGAAGGAGAGGAGGCAGUGAAGGAGGCGUUCCCUGAUGCCACCAUCCUGCGGCCUGCACAGAUGUUUGGCAGGGAGGACAGGUUUCUCAACUACUAUGCCAACCUGCGUGCGUUUGGAGGAGUUCCCCUCAUCAGCAGAGGCAGGAAGACCAUACGGCAGCCGGUCUAUGUAGGAGAUGUGGCCACUGCUAUCAUCAAUGCUGCCAAGGAGCGUGACGCUAAGGGGAAGACAUUUGAACUUGUUGGCCCCAACAGAUACUACCUGUAUGACAUGGUGGAGUACAUCUAUCGAGUCAUGCACCGAACACCCUUCAUCUACCCUUACCCCAAGUUCCUGUACAUGCUUGCAGCCAGGUUUGGUGAGCUGAAGUGGCGGCCGCUCCUUACCAGAGAUCAGGUCAUCAGGGAUCACCACACGGACGAGACGACCGUGGGGGUGCCUGGUCUAGAGGACCUGGGCGUGACCCCGACCAGCCUCGAGGCCGGCGCCAUCUCGGUCCUGCGGCGACACCGCAUCCACAGAUGGUACGAGGAGGCAGUGGACGACAUCCAACCCGCGAAAACCGCCUCCUGAGAAGAUGCAGCUUUCUCCUAAUGUCCACACAUUUAAACUAGACUACAAAAAAGCUUUUGAUGUUAAAAAGUAUUGUCUUUUAAUAACUCACAUGGAUACUUGAAAGUUAGAUGUCUCUUCACUUUGAUGAUACUGAACAAUAAUCUCCCAGUCUGAGGUUAUAAUCUUGAAACCACCAAAAUAGUCUGCUGUGUCAGGAUGGCACUUAAUGUCAGUUUUGUCCAGCAUUGUAUACAACAUGGUUAAUCUAUCAUGUAACCAGACUUUUCUUUCACAGGACAAUAAAUAUUGUGAAAACUUCAA